AUGUUCGUCAUCUUCUACUAUUACAUGUAUACAGCAAUCGUGCUUGCUUUCUCAGUGAUUCUGAACGGGGUCACUCUAGUAAUCAACUUUUCCAUCAGAAAAAGUGAGCGAGAUAAUAAGUACAUAAGUUUAGUGAACCCCCACAUCUACACCAGUAUCGUGUUUUCCUGCAUACAAGCCGUCGUUGAUCCAGUUAUCAGUGUCGAAAAAAAUGUACUGUAUAUCUUCUCGGCACGCGAGUUUGUUUCAAAGAACUGGAUGCAAGUGAUGCUCUCAAUCUACUUUGGCCUAUACGGAACCGUUGCUAUUCAACGUUUAAUCUACAGUUUUUAUCAUUGGGACAUGGUAGUUCACUCAACAUUCCAUUAUUUCAAAUAUUCUCUUCAUAUCAAAUGCUGGAACAGUUUCGCCUUCAUGAUUGGUCUACUUUGGAGUCUCUCCGUCUACCAAGUUUCUCACACUCCAUACGUUGAUUUUGUAAUUCAAACACCUCUUAAUGCAACCUACGGGGUCGACAUUCAAAAUGUGACCUAUUCAGCACUAUUCUACAAAUCUGGUGACAUCUUGAAUGUACUGGGAAUUGCAACAGGAUCCAUCUUUUUGAUAACCCUUUGCAUAGCAAUGAUGGCCUACAUUGUGUUGCAUUGGCAAAUUUGGGGAACCCAAAAAAAAGUGAAAAACACAAGUGCAUAUCCUAACUUCAGACGCGAUGUUCUCAUAUUGCUGGGGUCUAAUAUCCUCAUAUCAGCUGUCUUCCUAUUCUUCCCCGUCAUACUGGCUCUCGUGCUUCCAAUUUUUAAUUUAGAUGGACACAUCGCCUACCUAUCCAUUUCAAUGCUAUUGACCUUAUAUCCAGUCAUCGUUGCAGGUGCUCGCUUGUACACCAGCCGUGUCUACCGAAGCGCAAUCCAUAGAUUUUUCUGUGGCUCGUGUGAAAAUGACGAGGAGAUUGAGGUCGAACGGAUUACCGUUUAA